CCCUUCCUAUUUAUUCUGAAGUUUUCUUCGAACAAGCUCCGCCUUUUGUAUAAAACACCGGAACUUGAAAGCUCUCGCCUUUUGCCGCCGCCGGUUGCAACAAUAAAAAACGAAGCCUAGCCAGAGUUCUGACACAAAACUGGAUAUGGAGGCGGGUCGUAGUAAGGAGCAAAUCAUGGACGUUAGGUCGGUGGCCGAAGCAGUCGCUUCUGCUGGAGACGACGACCUCGACGCCCCACUUUAUGAACUCGAGAGCCUAUGUAUGCGUUGCGGCCAAAAUGGAGUAACAAGGUUAUUGUUGACUUCAAUUCCUCACUUCAGAAAGAUACUGUUAUCAGCCUUUGAAUGCCCUCAUUGUGAUGAGAGGAAUAAUGAAGUCCAGUUUGCGGGUGAAAUCCAGCCACGGGGUUGUUGCUACUGUUUGAAUGUCACAGCAGGCAAUCAGAAGAUGCUUGAUCGUCAGGUGGUGAAAUCUGAAUCUGCAACCAUAAAGAUUCCUGAACUGGACUUUGAGAUUCCUCCUGAGGCGCAGCGUGGUAGCCUAUCAACGUUGGAAGGAAUUUUGAUGCGUGCUGCUGAUGGCUUGCAAGCACUUCAAGACGAACGCAGGAAAGUGAAUCCUGAAACUGCUGAAGCAAUAGAUCAAUUCUUGUCAAAGUUAAGAGCUUUUGCUAGGGGAGAUUCAUCGUUCACUAUCAUCUUGGAUGAUCCUGCUGGAAACAGCUUUAUAGAGAACCCGUGUGCUCCAUCACCAGAUCCAGCAUUGAAUAUCAAGUUCUACGAUCGAACUCCAGAGCAACAAGCAUCUUUGGGCUAUCUACCUAAUCCAACACAGCCUGGAGAACCUGUGGCCACAGCAUCUGUUGAGAGAACAGAGAAUGAUGAUGCCAAUUCAGGAAAAGUAGAACCUCAUGGAUCAAUUGGAGCAGUAGCUGGUCAUCGAGCCAUUGCUCAGAGUAAUAGUGCGGAAAUCUCUGAAGCUUUGUUCCGAUACACUUCACCAGAAGAGGUGAUGACAUUCCCGUCAACUUGUGGAGCUUGUGCUGUCAGGAGCGAAACUCGGAUGUUUGUCACGAACAUCCCAUACUUUCAAGAAGUAAUUGUGAUGGCAUCCACCUGUGAUUCCUGUGGUUACCGCAGUUCUGAGUUGAAGCCAGGCGGGGCAAUUCCAGAAAAGGGAAAGAGAAUAACACUCUGUGUGAAGAAUGUUAAAGACCUCAGUCGUGAUGUCAUAAAGUCUGAUACUGCAGGUGUGACAAUCCCCGAGCUUGAUUUGGAACUCACUAGUGGAACUUUGGGAGGAUUAGUGACAACAGUGGAAGGCUUGGUUACAAAAAUCAGUGAAAGUCUUGAGAGAGUGCAUGGAUUUACAUUCGGUGAUAGCCUUGAGGAAUCCAGGAAAAACAAGUGGCUAGAUUUCAGAUCAAGACUAAUUAAGCUUCUAAACCUUGAAAAGCCUUGGACUUUGAUUCUUGAUGAUGCAUUGGCAAAUUCUUUCAUUGCUCCAGCAACGGACGAUAUUAAAGAGGACCAACAACUAACAUUUGAGGAAUACGAGAGGUCAUUCGAGCAGAACGAAGAGUUGGGACUGAACGAUUUGGACACGUCUUCAGCUGAUGCAGCAUAUAAUGAUAGCACCAGUACUGCUGCCGUUGAGGAGAGAAGGUCCCUUGCUUGCCUGCUGUGUAGAUUAGCCAAACAGAAGCAGAUAGAUUAUUCCCCUUGAUGGGUGUAUACCUGAGAGUGUCGUAGAAAAUGAUUGUUUGUAUCAAAGAUCAUAGGCUUAAAGACAUAGGAAGUAAUUUUGGGAUCCUUUUUCAGGAGGUUGCCUUUCUAUCAUUGUUGUUAUACAUUUAUAUGAGCUUAAAUAUAUCCCAAGGUUUUAUUUAGUAUCAGGGGUUGAUCAAAAUCCAAAGCUUCCAGUUUGAAUGAAGA